CCCUCAGACAGAAUUAGUCAUUGCCUUAGAGAAUUCCGUAAAUCCACUCAAGUCCUCAAACCAAAUAGUCCAGAGCACAAUUCUCUUGCAAAAUUCUGAUGGCUUUGGUUCCGAGCAUCUUCGGCGGCCGGCGAAGCAAUAUCUUCGAUCCUUUCUCUCUCGACAUAUGGGAUCCGUUUGAGGGCUUUCCGUUCUCGAGGACUCUAGCCAACUUCCCCAGCGGCACUGAUCGUGAACCGGCUGUUUUUACUAACGCCAGGGUUGACUGGAGGGAGACCCCAGAAGCCCACAUCGUUCAGGCUGAUCUUCCUGGGCUUAAGAAAGAGGAGGUCAAAGUCGAGGUGGAAGAUGGUAGAAUCCUGAAGAUCAGCGGAGAGAGGAGCAGGGAGCAGGAGGAGAAGACUGACACUUGGCAUCGUGUGGAAAGGAGCAGCGGCAAGUUUAUCCGAAGCUUCAGGAUGCCGGAGAAUGCAAAGACAGAGGAAAUUAAGGCGAGCAUGGAGAAUGGCGUGCUGACCGUUACUGUGCCUAAAGUGGAGGAGAAGAAGCCUGAAGUUAAGGCCAUCAACAUUUCUGGUUAAAAACUUUGAUGCAUAUGUACAUCGGCAUGGCACCGUGAGUUGUUUUCAUGUGGAUACUACUGUAUCUUUUAUCAUAAGAAAAAAUCAGAUAAACGUCAACUAAAUUUAACAAGUGAA